AUGGCAGCACCUACUAAAAGCACUACACGGCCUCAGAGCUCAACGUCAGAGCAGGUACCACCAGGGCCAGUGCGAAUACUGGUUCAAACAAGGACGCACCUUGUACCAGGAGACGUGUAUGGCGAAAAGAUCGAAUAUAUGCGGAACAUGAUUUGCCAGCACGCGUGGAAUAGGAACUACAUUCGGAAACCAGACCGUUGGAACUGUUACGGGGCUGAUUUUGGCUACCCUGAUCGCACAUGCUAUUUUCUUGUCGACCAUGGUAUGACCGCAGAACACGGACAGACCCCGGAUGAAAACCCACCGGUGCUGUGGUACCGGUGGACGGGAGAUUCUCUAGUUGCUCUACCCGGAGAACUUCCACCAAAACUCCGCCAAAGACAUGAGCGGUACCCAUUCACGAAGUUCCCACCCCCGCCGACAACACGCCCUGAGCCACGGCCUAUGCGGGAAGUCAUUAAAAUGCAACUGCGCCUCCAAAUGCAUAUAUUCGAUGAGGAUAUUGACCACUUGAAGGAGCACCCGGAUGAUGUCAGGUGGAUCAAGAAUCAAGUUGAUUCAAGGCUUUGGGACAGGCUUUUGUCACACGGCUUGCCAGAGAAUAUAUUGGAUCAGGUCUCGGCUGAUCCUCAUGAGAACGUAGGAGAAGAGUAA